ACGGCGUCCUGGAUGCGGCGAUGAACGCCGCCGAUUCCGACAGGAGCCGUCAGGCGCGGCUUCAGAUGAAGCGCGAACGAACGGCCCAGGCAAGAUCUACGGAGCGGUUGUACGACAAUUGGGGCUGUUUCACCAGCCCCAUCAAGCCCUUGCCCAAUGAGUUGCAGAAUGCUCACGGGUUUGGAUCGUCGGUGGAACGAGACGCGCUAAGUACUAUCGAUCUCUCGGCGCCAGACUACCCUGGUCCUGGUCAGUACCCGACCAACGAGAUUAUCACGGCCUUCAAGAUAGACAAAGACUACUCAAUUCAACGCAUCCCCCACGAACGGCCACGGCCCGAGACGCCUGGGCCAGGCCACUACACGUCCAACUACGGCGCUGUGCUGUCGUCCCAAACCUUUGAUGACUAUUUUCGAACUGCGCCGCUGAAGAACUUAUCGACCAGCCAAGUCAAGAUCAAGCAAAUCACGCGUGAAAUCAAACAACUCAAAUACAAAAAGGCUCUGGCGUUGCCAAGCUUGCCCGUCGAGAAGCAAAAAGCAAUGUGCAAGGAAACAUACGAGCGUGUCCAAGCCUUGUUGCAGGAAAGGAGCGCACUCGAGGACGACGAAGCCGAGGCACACCAGCACAGGAACGCCCAGAAAACGUAUACCCCUUCUAGGAGGAAAACUGCGCGUGUUUUGGCUUCUCACGACGAGAUGACACGACCCAAGAGCGUUCCAUUCUUGCACAAUGAGAAGCGAUUCUUCGACGCCAUCGACAACACCCACACCAAAUACGACACGCCCAUGCCAGGCCACUGCCAGCGGCUGGACACAUACUCAACGUUCGAGAAAUCCCCACGACUGCCGACCAUUCCCAAGGGAAAUCCACCCGACGUCGUGCCAUUCCAUGAUGGCUAUGUGUAUGCGUCGAAAUCCAACUCGAGCCGCGGCACCGGACCAGGGGCGUAUAUGCCAGACAUGGCGGCAUCCCAUGACGCAGCCAAAUCAUCCCAGCCACCACGGGCGCUGCCUGUUGGGCGGCAGAUCAAAUCCGGGCCACAGCUCACGCUGCAGCUCUUCCACCAUUCGACCAACACCAAGCUCCCUGCAUCGCAAUACCUUGCCGAAAUCAGCAAAGAUAGGUUGCGCAAGCACAUGCAGACCGCACGACAACUCGAAAUCGAUCUCGUCCGGCAGCUGGACGACGACCCAUCAUCCACGUCCAAAUCAUAAACGACACGAUGCAUUUGUCACGUAAUAAUCGC